AAAAUGAUAAAGAUCAUAUUAUUGGCAGUAUUGGUUAUUGGAGCAGCUACUGCAAUUGGUUUUAGCUCUUCGUCGAGUGAAUCUUGUGAAGGUGGCCGUGGAGGUGGCAAUGGAGGUGGAAGACCUCCAGGCGGCGGAGCAAAUGGCGGCUGUGGAGCUGGAUGGCGUCGAUUGAACCGUCCAUCUGGUGGCUGGUGUGUCCGAGCAUUCGGUGGGUAUCUAACUCAAGCAAAUGCAGAGAUUCAAUGCAAAUCCCAUGGCGCAACACUUUCCGGACUGCAAAAUAUGGAGGAAGCACGUAUUAUAUCCAACAUGGCUCUUUCCGUGCUCAACCGAGCUAGUGGUUCCGUCUGGAUCGGUGCAAAGCGGACUGCUGCUUGCACAAGAAAUGGCAUAAGCUCCCAGUGCACCGCUACCAACUCCUUCUACUGGACUGACAACUCAGCAUCCGGAAUUGCUGGAUUCGUUAGGGCCCACCAGCAGCCAGACAAUGCUCAUGGAAAGACUCAGUUGUGGGCAAUUCUUCUCUCAUCGAGAACUUCGUUGAGAGUGAAACAUGUGAUGUGGCAGCCUGGAAUGCUAGAUGACGUGGCAUGUGUCAUGAAUCCCUCGGAUCCCAGUCCGAGAGCUGUGUCGGGCUAUGUAUGUGGAAAGAAGAGCUCCCGACGAUAAUUUGUGAAUAAAUAUUUUGGAAUUUGGAAUAAAUUUUCAUUGCAA